AUGCGGCUCCCCCUGCCUCGCCGCAGGGCGCCGCACUUUAAGGCCCAGGCGGUGAUCGGCAUGGACUUCAAGACGGUGUCGCUGGACGACUACAGGGGCAAGUGGCUGGUCCUGUUCUUCUAUCCGUUCGACUUCACCUUCGUCUGCCCCACUGAGAUCGUGGCCUUCAGCAAUGCCACCGAGAAGCUGAGGGAGCUUGGAGCGGAGCUGGCAGCAGUGUCCUGUGACAGCAAGCAUGUCCACCUGUCGUGGACGAUGCAGCCCAGGGAGCAGGGCGGCCUGGGGCAGCUGCAGAUGCCGCUCAUCUCCGACUUCAGCAAAAAGAUCAGCCGGGACUACGGCGUGCUGGUGGAGGACGAGGAGGACGAGCUAUGCGGGGCCGCACUGAGGGCACUCUUCAUCAUCGACGCGAAAGGGGUCAUCAGGUCGGUCUUGGUCAAUGACGAGGCCGUGGGCAGAAACGUGGACGAGACGGUGCGCCUCAUACAGGCGUUCCAGUACGCGGAUGAGCACGGGGAGACGUGCCCAGGUGCAGCACUACUUAGCAUUGCACAGUGCAGUGUACGAGCCGCUGGUUGA